AUGGCUAAAAAGCGCUCAAAAAGGAUGUUCCAGUAUUAUGCAUAUUCAGCGAAAGAAAAGCAUGAUGGUAAUGAUGACAAUUCAGAGGAAGGAACCAAACAACAUCUUAAAAAAAUCCGAGAUUUAGGACCACGAAUACUCCGGAGUCGGAAACAAGAUCGUUCAGUACAAAGGCGUAAGCAACAAAAAAUUCGCAGCACUUCUCGAAAUGAUCCAAUGAUGGGCUUUGGUAGGAGGAAGAAAUCAAAAGCUGUGACAGUUUCACCCUCGCCUUCCAUAGAACAGAAGAAGGAUGAUGAUUUGACUGUGAUACUACUUCCAGGAGAACCAUAUUCUUCUCAGAGCUGCAAAACAGAAAAACUGAAUGUACGAUUUCGGGAUAUAGGAUGGGAACAUUGGAUUAUUGCGCCAACAUCAUUUGAGGCACACUAUUGUAGUGGCACAUGUCCUUUUCCGCUCAAAAAGGAAGUAAAUCCAUCAAAUCAUGCGAUCGUUCAAUCAAUAAUUCAUCGACUGGGCCUGAAUCCAUACGUUCCGGAUGUAUGUUGCGCACCGGAUAAAAUGGAUUCAUUAACAUUACUUUAUUAUGACGAAAUGGAUAAUGUUGUAUUAAAAAAUUACCCACGAAUGACUGUUACUUCUUGCGCUUGUUUAUAA